UAAAACAACACGCUUUCAUUGAUGUGAGAUACUGUAAGUAAUGGCAAAAAUGAUCAAUGAACGAUGACGAUACACCCAGACAUUGCGAAGCUCAGGUUCGGGUGAUUCACAAGAAGGAGGUUCCAUUUGUCAUCACAUAACAGGUAAUCGAGAGUAAAGGCAACAGAAGGCUCUAGAGGAUGACUUUUUCCAUUAGACGGCGAGUAUUUCACUCGUUGCUCAACGGUAUUUUCUUGCCUUUGAAAGCGAUAAAUAGGACCGACGUUCUCUUUAACCCCGUGUACCCCAGUCUUCCAGACUGCGACCACAGCAGAAUUGUGGUAGCUAUGAAUAAAACUUGAAUAAUUAUCCAUGUGCUUUUUGUGCUUUUUAGAGGUCUUUAUGAAACACUGAUACAUUAAUGACGUCAUCAAACACUACACCUGGACUUCUGCACCUGCGCACGUGUACUUACACCUGCAGACCCGCACUAAUAACUGCUGCAAGCCUGCAAAUUAAAAAAAAAAAAAACUCCCUUCUCUGAGGUGCAGCCGAAACUGACAGUGAAACAAUGCAACUUUUUUGGAAUUAUUGCCGAUUGUGAUGAAUAUGUUAAAGUCAUUGAGACAUCUAGUAAUUUUUGUUUUCUUGGUAAAUCAGUCAGCUAUAAAUUAAACGAUUCGAGGUAACUAUUUCGAAAAAAGCUAAAAACCUCCUCAUUCCAGCUUCGUUUCUACCCACCGGCAGUCUUGAGUGUGAACACCCGAUCGAAAUCAAGGUGGCUUUGAAUAUAUAUAUUUUUUGUUUGCAAUACAAUUAACACCAGAAAGAAUUUUUUUCAGUCAGUGACACACGCGGCUCGAAAGAGAAAAAAAACCUUUACUCCAACAGGAUUCGAAUCUAUAGCUAUGACCUUCUGGUAAUAAGCCUAUUUUUUCUUCUCAAUCAUUGGGACUAGCUCAGAUGUAAUACUUUCAUUACAAAAAAAAAUAAAUUUGAUGCUCUCAGAAAGACUUUUUUUUUUUUUUUUAUCUCGUCACGUUUUUUGACCAGUAUACAACUGAGAGUCUCUCAGAUCAUCUCUUGAUUUAUCAAUGACAACAGCUUUAGUAUUUUUGUAGGUAUAUUCCUUCUCCAAAAUAGCAGGCUUAGGCAUUUACGAAAUGAUCCGAAAGAAGGCGAUGAAACCUAGGUAUGCCAGAUAUCGCAGACUCCGAUUGCUGUGACACAAACAGAUCUAAGAUGUUGCCAUGUAUGUGGGUUGCGUCAUAAACAUGUUGCUAAAGCCCAAGAUAUUGGUAGUAGCUUUCUUGCGUCUAAGUCACGAGGUGCGUCCACAUGAAUAUUAAAAUCUUCGAUGAUGGCUAAUCUUUCAGGAGACAAUAUAAUGGACUCCGUGUUAUCAGAAAACUCGGCAAACAACACAGCCCGGUUGACACGGGAUGUUUAGCACUAUGCGCCACGUGGUUAAAAUGUGUCGCAGAAUAACAGAGCUGUACGGUCCUGUAGCAGCAUUUCUCCUCCCGCUUAAAAAAAAUAGCAUUGUAGCCCGACCGGUUUUUAAAGAAUUCGUUUCGAAAUCGGUACAUUCAUGUUAGACUUUUUAGUCAAUCCACAGCUUAGCUAAAUAAUACUAAUAAUGAUGAUGAUGAUGAUUCCUAACGUCAUUUGUCAGCGGUAGCGUUAGUGAAUGGAAAGAAGGCCACUCUAGUCAAUAAAACCUACCCGUUUUUCUUUUCUUUUUCGUUUUUUCGUUUUUUACGUUUUAAAGGCGUUGGAGAGGCCGUAAAUAGACUUGAGCUUAUGGACAUUGCGUCAGCUAACGAAGACGACGAUCAUGUGAUCAUGGUACGCACGUACGGCGAUCUUAAGAGAGCUGUAAAGAAAGCUGUGACUUUCAAAAAAGGUAACUGUCCUAACUAGGUUUUUCCUCUCUAGGCAGGUUUUUUUUGUAACAAUAAGUAGACACAACAAAGGGCUAUCGUUCACAUCAGCCAAUCGCAAACCGCCAAAGCAAAACGAGCCGGUGCAGCCGGCAAAAUUAGGGAAAAAAAUAUUGCAGCUGAUGUAAUCGCCGAAUUUUCACAAAUUAAGCAACACGUUCCACCCUCAGUUUUUUUUAAUCGUUGGGAGUGAUAACAUUUACUCCCGGGUAACUAGAAGUGCUACCAUGUCUGUCUUCUUGUAUGAUGGCCGAGAAUUUGAGCAUAUCGUCACGGAAAUUCGCUUGAGCUUUAGGAACACCAACAAUUAACUGCAGAAAAAGUUACAUUGACUUUUAUUUAUCAUUUCCCACACAUUUUAGGAACGUAACUUUACCCCAUAAGAACACUGUAACUUUAAAGAAGGAUUCGUAAUGUUGUACUAUCACGGGGCCUCAGUUACCCGUGGGAAAACAUCCUACUAUAUUUCUUUAUGCAACCUACAUCUUCCGCUCAUGUGGGUAAGUAAAUUUUGAUCCACGAUGAAAUACUUCCACUCCAAUGUUAUUUAUAAACAUUAUUUAAAAAAGAGGUGGGGUUCGUAAUUAAUUAAUUGAUUAAUGGAUUAUUAUUUUGCUUUUUAAGAUUACUCCAUUUGUGGUGAAAGUCCAUUCCAUUCUAGAGAUUCUAUCGUUGGUGGAAAAGAUGCAAAGCAUGGAUGGUGGCCCUGGCAAAUAGGAUUACACAUACCCCGAGGCGGUAUGUAAUAUACUAGUAAAAGUAGAAUGUGUUUCCAACAAGAGUGUUGAUAAAGUCCUCGUCAAACGCAAAGACAAGACACCAUUGCAUGCAGUAUAACACUGAUGCUAAAAACAUGCUGUGUCCAAUAUUCUCAAUAUUCCCUCAACAAAGGAAAGUCACAAACCUAAAACAAAAAAGGCUUUUCCUUUUCUUACUGUUUAGUCCAAUACACCUGUCGCUCAAUGCAGAGUACUGACAGGUUCUGAUCAUGGAAUCCACUAGAUUUCUAGUUUAUGCUUUCGAAUGUUCUUGUAUACGUUUUGAGAUGUAUUUUUUUAACUUCAGAGAAAUUUACGUUCUAAGAAAGCAAACAUACUGAACAUUUUUUUUAUAAUAAUUGAGCGAUUUCUCGUGCUCAUGGUCAAGAGCUGUAGUCUAUUUGCAAGUAUAGACCAUGGAAAUGUUGUUUGAUGUAAUGCAUAUAAUGCGUGAAUGUUUGACAAAGAUGUGUUUGCUUAUAUACACGUCUAGCGAGAUAGCUAAGUACAUUUGGUGUUUUAGUACGCACGUGGGUCUUUUAAAGAUAUGAAGAUCUUUUUCCAUGUUUGACUUUUCCUUUAGACACAGAAAUAUCGCCAGAAACACAGCUGUACCGCAAAACACGGUCAAAACGUGUACGACAAUUUGAAACCGCGAACUACCAAGUCAAAUGGUCCAUUGUCCUGGGAUGUGUAAGACCCUGGUCCCUUGACACUUGUUUUGGGCUUCUUUUAUUUUCUAGGUGGUUCGCUUCUUAAGUGUGGCGGUGCUCUCAUCUCGUCUCAGUGGGUUCUAACGGCAGCACAUUGUUUUCCUACAAGCGACAAUCAGGAAAAUGUUCAGAUUAAGUGAGUGAAGAAGUCAUUGUUAAGGAGCUUAAUCAUUGCUUAGCGUUUUAGUAAAAUUUCGAAGUCAUUGAGAAUUUCUAAGUUGCUGAAAUAAAAUCAAAUCUAUAGUUAAUCAUAGUGCUUGGCUGCGUAAAAGGCUGUUGUUUAAAAGUUUACUCGUUUAGGGUAAUAUGUGUUACUUAUUAACAUAAAAUUUAACCUCCUGCAUGCUUUUUGUUUGUUUCGACCGUAUGUUAUCUGUUCCACUUUUUUGUCACAUAUAUCCGGAUCAACGUUCCUUUUUUCUUUUGGAUUUUCCAAAACCACGGCUUGACAUUUAUCGCAGUUGACUAUUAAAAGAUUAUCUUGAUAUCAUUUAGUCAUCCAGUCUCGCCGUUGUCCACCAGUAUCUUAUCCACGCUCUUCGUUGUUUCCUUCAGUAAUAGAAAUAGUAAAGACUUUAUUUUAUGAGGGUUAGCACGAAAUAGCCGGGGCUAAUAAACUUGCUACAAAGACCUGAUGAUCAUCCGCAUACAUCGAAACGUUGGCAUCUGAUAUUCUGUUCUGGAAAAAAAAUUCCACAUAAGAAGUCAAAACCCCUGUGGACAUCCUCUCUUCACCACAACCCAGUCACUUGAUACAGAACCUGUCCUUACUGUAUUCUCUCUUCCCCAAAAAUAUGAUCUUAUUAGCUGUGGUGGUAGGGGAGGUAGGGGUUCUGUGACACAUAUUCCUCGGCGCUGGGAAAGACUAUUCCCCGACGACGAUGUGCCUCACAACCCCCACCUCCCAUAUUACUCUAAGUGAAACAGCACACUGGUUGUGUGUAACGGUGCGUUGACCGUGUGUAACACCGUGUUGACUGUGCGUUGACUGCACGUGUGCGUUGACUGCGUGUGUGACUUCGUUGACUGUACGUGUGACGCUGUGUUGUCCGUACCCGAAAACCGGAUCGAAACCUUGUGUUUGAAGCGCACAUGCAGCUGUCAGCCGUUAGAAGCAGAAGUAGAAAUAUUAUGUUUCAAGCACAUCCUACGGAAACCGGCUCGAAAACACAUACUGUUACCAUAGACGCCUCAAUAUAAGAGAAAUAACCCAGUUAGAGAUAUACAAUUGUCACAGUACAUAUAUUUGUUGGCUGCCGAACGCUUUCAGAACAAUGUUCUGGACAUGUUUUACGGCCCAGUUGACGGGGAAAACCUCCCCAGCCCUCUCUAACCUGCAAGGAUCUAUUUUUGGCAGGCCAGAACAGAUUGUGGAGAAUAGCUACAUGUAUGGUAAAUAGACGCUCCAAACGGAGAGAACAAAGAUAUUUUUGUUUUUGCUGCAAUAAACGAAAAUGGGUUCGUCAAUGUCUUGAGAAAUGAAAUGGAGUCGCUGGGUAUGAUAAAGGUAGUAUUUUUCAGUUACAGUGAAAUUAUAAGAAAAGAAUGAAGAAUUGGAGAUGACCGCAUUUGAUCAUUACAUUAAAAAAUGAGGCACGCGUUUUUCAAAACGAAAACCGAAACGAAAUCAGGAAAAACGUGAUGGACUUCAUGAACGAAGUCAACAACAAAAUUGAGACCUACAUCGAAAAUGGGUCGGAGCAGGAGCCGAUUACUUGGAGCAUCCAUGUGUGCUGUACCCUCGAGUCAACCCAUUCCCGUAAAGAAUUAUUUUUAGAACAGGCUUUCCUGCGAAAUUAAUGUGUUUUCGAGGACGUCUGCAUAUUCCGUAGUGAGAAAAAAAGGCGACGAUACAGGGAAACUGGCCAACAAGUUUACUCCUUGUUCCAUCACCGUGGCUCCUGCCUCCGUUCCUUCCCUUACAACCGAGGGAAGCUGGUUUCGAGUUAAUAUAAGUAAUAUGUUAUCUGGCAUACAACGAUUACUAUAUUUGGUUGCAACGCACGAGGUCGUUUUUGCUGUUCUAGCAUACUAGCAAAUCGAAGGCAAUCUUGCGCUUUUGUAAGUAGUAACUGUCAUGUCUUCUGUGUCUUACCAAAGGAUUUUCUUUAAAGAAGCAAAACGUCGAAGUCAAGAAAGGUAUCGGUUUAUGUUGUCCGGAUUUCAUUCAUUUUGAUAGUGCUAUAAGUUAUUAUUUAGUUGCCACAAGACAAGAAAGAUGAACACAGAAUUCCGGAAGCUGGCCAAAAGCGAAUUCGAGAAGAACUUCUACAAACUCAUGAACAACUCCGUGUUCGGGAAAACGAUGAAGAACAUGCAGGAUCGCGUUAACAUCAAAAUAGUUCGCAGUGAUGAAAGGGAAAAGAUUCGCAAGCUGAUUGCGAGUCCUCUGUUUGCCGGUUGCACACUGCUUUCUAACGAUCUUGCUGGUUUCAAAAUACACAAGGAGUAUGCGGCAAAAGAAACAAUGUCUUGAGGCUUAAUCGAGACAAUCACAGCCGCAAGGGCGGUUAUCCAGCAGACCUUAAGCACUGUGAAGAUAUCCAGAGUCAGAGGAUCGGUCAUUUCUAUAUUGAACAUAUGUAAAAAAUGGAAAUGGGGAGUCAGUGGGACACGCUGCCACCGAAAAUGCAAGAAAAAAUCUUGGUUUACAAAAAAGUGGCGGAAACAAUAGAAAGAAGUCAUCGAUGGCCUGAAAGGCGGGAAACUUUCUGGUUUUCUGUGUGUAAUUUUGCCAGAAGCAUGGCAAAGCGCACGUUUUGCUCGUCUCAUUGUGCAAUUCCAAAUGGAAAUAGUGCUCGCCAAGCUGGAAUACGAGGACACAGGUUUUUCACCGACAACGAUUGAGAGGGUGAAUUCAAAAAAGAAUAGGAUGAAAUUGAAGGUAACUUUAAUAAAUGCAAGCUAGUGGCACAAAAAUUUAAAGAAAUGGACCACGGGGGCGGGGGGGGUUAAUGAACAAAUUCUUUAUGAGGAUUUCCUUGACGCUAACUAUUUAUAAAAAUCGAAAGGCAGCGUAUCUGAGCGCAAGAGCGCCGGUGCCAACAAAAAUUAACUUGCCUUGUUUUUGCAGACCGCUGGGCUCAUCGUCGUGCACCCGGUUGUAGAGUUUGAAGGCUUAGUCGGUGUUCGUUAAGUUUUGUUCGGUCAGUUCUUUGUUUCCGCCCUGGCAUCCGAUCCAGUCUAGCAACUUUGUUUGUUCUUUUUCAUAUUUAGCAUAAGAAGCCUGGUAAGCUUCUAGAGCUUUGUCGAGAGAGGAGUCUUUGAUCCUCGAGAUAUUGUUUCAGAUCACGAUGGUGAACUUCACGUAGCUCAUUGCAUUGCUGCUGCGGUCGGCAGUGAAGUUUUCUUUGAUUUUUGUCAGCCGAUGGCGGCAGCCAGGCCGGUAAGAGUUGCAGCGUCGAGAACAGUUUUGACGAGCUCGUUGUCGGAUAUGGUUGUAUAUAUUUGUGCGAAAAAUUAUUCUUCCUCCUCCACCUCCUCCUCCUCCUCCUCCUCCUCACAUGCCAGGCGCCUGUAUGCGUUCGGCCGAAAGGGGCUGCUUUUCAUUUUUUUUGUCAACGCGAAGAGGUCGAAACAUCUCUUCGAUGGCGCCCAACGUAAAAAUUGUUCAUUGAUUAAGAAUAAGAUAUUAUUAUAAAAGCUCCAUAGACCAUAAAGCGUUGGGGUCCCGAGAACAGCUUUUUCAAUCAUGCUCUUGAGCAUGGUUGUAUAUAUUAUGUAAAAGAAUUUCAAUCCACGGAGCGAAGAUUGCGACGUGGCUUUUGCUAAGGCUCAGGUGCCCCAGUUUCGCUGGGAGCCGGGUUUCGCCUUUCGCUGAUAAUAAACGCCCAGAGCGGAGAUAGACAGGCCUUCUAUUCCAAGAAGCAAAUAUUCGUUGGCUCCGCCGCUGCCGCUCUCUUUUUGCUCAGAGGGAGCUUCUGAUGUUUUCUGUUUUUUUUUUUUUGGCCUCACGUGCCACGCCGGUACGCUCAGCUAACUUUUUUCCAGUCGCAACUCUCCCAGGGUUUUUUCGAAGUUUGUUUUGAGGACUUUUGGCAAAACUUGCUCUGGAGCUUCAUCAGGCGCCUCCGCAGGUGCAUCGGAUUUCUCAGCCAUGUUGUAUAUGAUAAGAUGAAAGUUUUUGCAGUCUAUUUGCAGGUUCUUGGUCAGCUUCAUUGCAAGGUUCUUGGACAGGCUCCUUUGUAGUUCCUUUUCAGGUUCUUUCUUAAAAUCGUCGUGCUUGGAUGUGAUCAGAGCAGCGUUGGCACCCGCCAGCAGACGGUCGCAGCGAAGUACCAUAUCUCCUUUUGCAGAGCUUCCACGUCGUCCACUUUGACGACCAUACCGAUCGCCUUGCUGGUCGUUAGAUGCUGAGACUGAAUAAUAAAUGGGGCGAAAUGAUUUACGGGCGCAGCAAAUGACAGUGGUUCUGCUUCGCACGAAAGUCAAGUGUUUUCGCAAUUUGGCACUGGAGAAGCCAGCUAAGUGGAGUCAAUUGGUACGUGAGACGUACAAUGUGGCACUGAGGCCUCUUCUGGUAACAGAUCCAUCCGUUUCUAUCCAGAGGGUGUCUGAGGGGCGAGGGAUAACUAUGCCUUUGUGGUUAGAUAAUAAAUCCUGCACGGACUUAAAUCUCUCUGUACACUGAAGACCAGUGAGGGCGCACUCAAGGGGAUCAAUGAUGUUUGAGCAGUUGAGAAGCACACGACUGAGGACCGCUGGAAGAGGAGGACACGAUACCAAGGCGGCGAUACGAUGCGAGUUAGCUGAUAACCUGCCUUGGGACCGUAUCCAGCCUAGGAUGGAGGUGGUCUUGGGACAAAUGACAGUCUUUUGGGAGAUAAGCGAAGGUUGCAACGAUAAAGGGCCCGGAGUACGCGUCGUCAGUUGUUCAGGACAGCUGCAGGGGUAUCGCCACCACAGUAGAGCACAUCUGCAAGUUUAACCAGGAAGCCUUCCUCAAUAAAGUCACCGAGAACGCAACACAUCAUUUCUUCAAGAACAGUUUCGGACCCAGGCAUUCCCAUAGCUGAUCAUAUGUAGACGCGAAUUCUUCGGAAGGGUGUGGCUAUACCGUAGUACUUCAGAGAAGACUUAGAGAGGGGGAUCUGGUAGAAGCACGGGUGAGAUCUGUUUUGGUCAUGUAACGCCAGGUGACGAUGGUGCGUAGGGUGGUGUCCACAUCAAGCUUAAGCGAUGGCUGAGGUUUAUUGUAUCGUGCGACAUCAGCGUUAGCUGUUACGAGUCUGUGACAAAGAACGAAAGGUUGAUGUACUCAAAGGUUAUGAUUCGAGAUCAAAAAUCCAACAAACACAUCGCAGACGGAUAUAAAAAGCUAUUUCGUGCCUUUAAACGCGAGGCCGUUCAAUUUUUUGUGGCAAAAAACCUUGACGUAAGUCACUCAACGCUGGAAGCCCUUCCUGCCGUUCAAACGUGAACUGCAAACUGCAAAAGCGACCGCAAGACCUUGGUCACGGGACAUUUUGUGGUUUGCGGUUUGCGGUUUUCCACGAAAAACCUGAUGCUUAAGGUUUCUAAUGUUGAAGAAACAGGAACGUCAAAACUAAGUAAGUCUAACAGCUUUAAUAACAAAAAAUCGUUCGCUCAACAAGAUGGACGCGAUGCGAACACACAUACAAUAGUAACACAAUACCGCAGGUACUGCCAGCUGGCGCUGGAGGAAGCGAAAAGGUUUCCUUCUGCAGAGAGUUCUUUAUGAGAAAAGAAGACAAUAUAUUCUCCUUCAGCCAGAAAUGUGCAAAGAAAGCAAAACGCCUUUUCCCGAAUUAUUAAAUGCGCCACGUUUGCGGUGCGAAAAUGCGAAUUGCCCCUUGUGAAGUUGAAAUGUUUUGUCCAAAAUGCGGCUUGAUCAAAGAAAAUGGUUUUUUUUUACAAGCACUAAUGGGAGAUACAGAGAAAAGCAAAAAACAAAAACAAAAAAAAAAUUAUUACCUGCUCAUAAGGGUCAAAUAUUUUUUUACAACGCAAAGGUCUUGCUCUUGAUAUUUUAUUGAUUGAGGAGGUUGUUGUGGUUUACCACGCUGUAAAUGAAUUUGCCGAUUCGGACGAAAAUUAUUGAUUAAGUAACCUCUGGUGAAACAUCGGAAAGUGAUUCUAUUUGGCAAUCGUUUCUAAAACGGCACAAUUGGCUUGCUCAAGCGCAGUUUUUUUUCAGAGACGCAAAUGUCAAAAGGGAAAGUCCCGCGGAUGAUGUAAGCCAAAAUAUCCUUGCGGAACAACAUAUUUACGAUGUGUCGGGGUAUUCCCGAUUACGAAAUAAUUUGUAUGGUUAUGUUUGAUGUUUAGCUUAACUUUUUAAAGUUAAGAGUUCAGGAAUGAAAGCCUUUAGGAAUAAAACAAUUAAUUGGAAACAUUCAAAAAUAAGAAAAAAAAAAAAAAAGGCCGCUGAUGAUGAAAUCCUAUUUUUGUUCUCUUGUGAAGCCAAACAAUAAUUUACAUUUUGGAGCGACCCUGCUUUCCGAUGCGAGCCGAUUUCAAGUUUUUCACUAGAAAACUUUUGCUCAAACAUUUUUUCUGGUCGCAUGGGAAUUUCAGGGUCGCUUAGGAAAGUCACACACUUCUUUGUUUUGUGACUGCCCUUGAGCUGCGUCGGUGUUCGCUGUGGACCGCCUGCCUGACCGAAAAUUUUUAACGAAUGCGCUUUUGUUAGCGUUUUCUCAUCCUUUCUUGAAUAUCUUUUUUGAGACGUGCAGCCCUUCUCACCAUUUCUUCCAUUUGAGUUUUUAAAGGGGACAGUUUUUCUUUUUCCUCCUCUGUUAACGAAGAGACUACCUCUUCCCCUUCACUCUCCUCCGCAGUUUAGCUCUGUGCCAACAUGUCAAACAACCCCACCCCCACAUCACCAAUCAGUUCCAACUCUUCCAUGUCAUCAAGCAUAUCAUAAAGCGUUUUGCACUAAGUCUUCUUUUCCAAUCACAUUCUUUCCCAUCAUUUCAUAAAAAAAGUCAAUAAGAAGACCUCAUUUUUCUUUUUCGAGUAUUGGUUUAUACAAGUUAUUUUCAACUGAAGCCUGUAGAAAUGGUCCCACAUCCUCCUGAAAGUUCUUUGCGAGCUCAUUCGAGGGUUGGUUUGAGAUAGACAUUAUAUACUGUGCAAAUUGUAUAUCUGUAACAGGGUUAUUUCUUUUCUCUGGAGGCGUCUGUUGGAACAGUAUGUGUUUUAGAGCCGGUUUCCGUUGGAUGUGCUUGAAAUACAAUGUUUCUACUUCUGCCACGAAUGGUCGACAGUUGGAUGUGCACUUCAAGCACAAGGUUUCGAUCCUUCUUGUAAAUAGGGCCUACGUGUAGUAGGGGAGGUGGGGGUUCUAUGGCACUGUAGCCACAGGGAGUAGUCCUCCCCAGCACCGAGGAAAAUUUGGGUCGAGGCGCUGGGGAGGACUACUCCCCGAGGUCGAGGUGUCACGUAAUCCCCCUUCCCCUCCCCUACUACUGCUGUAUAGCUUUGUCAUAGAAUUUGUAGGCCUGCAGUUUAUUUAUGAGCAACUAAUUUGUGGAUUUCAUGUCAUCGUUAUUCUGUUGGUAUGGAAGUGUAGAUGUCAAUAAAACAAUCUGAAAAAUUAAGUUCAAUGUUAGAAACGUUUCAUUUUGUGACUUCUCCACACAUGCACUACAGCCAGAAAUAUGGAGUGUCAAACUCGAACGGGUGAGACCUUGAAAAAUCGGCUUCUUAAAGACAUAAAGUAUUUUGCAAAACCCUGGGGGAAUUCUCAAUGAGAUUUGGAAAAAUAAGGCGUAAGAUUGGUCUGAAACGUUAACAAGAUACAAAAUUUGACAAGCGCUUUAAACAUUGGAAACAUUGUGAGCAAGUUGAUGUGUCUUAGCGUUUGUUUCUUGUAUGCUUUUUGGUUAACAGAGGGUAAUGUGUGUGUAUAAUAUAACAAGUAUUGCAUAAUUUGGUUUCGCAUGACAUUGAGACCUACAAACCCCAUAUUUUAUUGUUCGUUCUAUCAUGCUAAACCUCAUCCAACAAUUUGAUAACUUAACAUCUUAACCUCAUCCAGUUAUUUUAUAUCUUACUGGAGGUAAUGGCAGAUCUUAGGCUAUGUUCAUACUAUACCGGUAGGGUAUGAGCCCCUAUCCGAUAUGUGACCCUCCAAUUUUGAGAUCUGGGCGAUGCUGCGUCUCUUCGUUACAGCGGUGCCGAAAAUUGCCGCUUUUACGUGUAAAGAGAAGCCCUAUGCGGUAUGGUUUUCAUGCCGUGGCAAAAGCUAUCCCGUAUAGUGUGUAGUUAAAGCGUUGCAAUUAGAAAAUCGAAUAAUAGUGCAUUUAUACGCGCGCACGCACAUUGCAUGGGAAUAUUUAAGACGCAACAAUUCAUGCAAUUUUGUGCUCGCUAUUUCCUUACCAUCGCUUUUACUUAAUAAGGGUAAAGGAGAAAAAAGAAAAAAAAAAGGAAAGAAAAUAAAUAAAGAGAGAAAGAAAGAAAGAGAUAAAUGAAUAAAUAAGAUCCACCACGAGCUGACAAGGGCGAAAGCGAAAAUAUGAAGAAAUUUCACCACAUGAUUACCGGGCGUAAGGGAGGCUUAUACUAAAAGCAAGGCAAAUGUGUGUCGAAACAGAAACUCCUGAAAUUUUCCGCUAAGUUCAAAAUUGCCUUCUUCUUGCUCGAACGCACUUAUCGUUAAUAUUGUUCUAUUUUAAAGUAAUCUAGGUUACUACAAUUUGGCUUAAACACAGCAGGCGUUAGAAUAUUUAAGUUUCCCCAUGCAUCUAUCAGCAGUGAUCAUGACGCCAAUCAAAUUGGCUGACCAGAAGUAGCUCAUUGUAGGGCAGAAUGGCUAUCUUGAAUGUUGCCCGUGGGCUGAACAAGGAUAAGUAUAUAUUCAUUUCAAAGGUAACUGUUGCUCCCUAGGUACCGAAUAAAAGCUGGCGAUUACCACUUGGUCAAGAAGGAAGGCUCAGAACAAGAAGUGUCCAUAGAAAAGGUUUUUGUUCAUCAUGGCUACAGCAAAGAAACAUACGAGAGCGACAUUGCCCUCGUCAAACUUAAACAACCCGUUGAACUUGGCGAUUUUGUUCGAACUGUUUGUCUACCAAAAAGCGAGGAAGGAGACUUGGCGAUUCCAACGAAAUAUGGUUUUGCAUCUGGAUGGGGUUCGACAAAACCUUCCGAAGGGGAGAGAAAUUACGACCACUCGAAAGUUCUUAAAUAUUCCGCGUUCGAAAUACAACAGGACAGAUUGUGUUUAACCGCAACAAAGAAAAUCGUUAAAUUGAAUGUGACUUUUUGUGCAGGGGACGGAAAAGGAGGAAAUGACACUUGUUUUGGCGACAGUGGAGGAGCCUUUGUUCGUGAAGUAAAGAGGGGAGAUGGCCAUCGGUGGGUUGCUACUGGCUUAAUCAGCUGGGGGGAGGGGUGUGCUCAAAAGAAUCACUAUGGAUACUACACUAGGGUGUACCCAUUCAUCGACUGGAUUAAUAAUACUGUGCACGAAAACUGA